AAAGAAAAAGGAAAAACCCAGUCGCUUUCAGUUCCUUCCUUUCACCGGAAGCCAAGGGAGGCCUCGGCCGGAGGAGCUGAAGCCGCCUCCCCCCAAAAAUCCCUUCUUUUCUCGGCUUCGCCACCGCCAGAUUCCCAUGGGCUGCGCAGGAUCCACCCCCAUGGGCGCCCCCGAAUCCGAUGCUACUAAAAAAAUCAGGAAGCCUAAGCCCUGGAAGCACCCCCAACCGAUAACGAUGGUCCAGCUCACGAAGAUGCGCGAGGAGUUUUGGGACACAGCUCCUCACUAUGGUGGUCGGAAAGAAAUCUGGGAUGCCCUGCGUGUUGCGGCAGAGUCUGAAGUGUCCCUUGCACAGGCAAUUGUGGAAAGUGCAGCCAUAAUUGUUUCUAAUACUGAUCUGACUCUCUGCUAUGAUGAAAGAGGUGCGAAGUAUGAACUGCCCAAGUAUGUCUUGAGUGAACCAACCAACCUGAUUCAAGACAGCUGAAGAGCAGACCUACUGAUGUAAACAACUGUAAAUGAGAACAACCCCUUGAGUGUCCUGGUAGUUGAAGCAUGCUUGAUAAAAGAUUUUAAGCAUGUUCUGGGUAACUGUCAGCUUACAUUUUGUCUCUUCUUGUUAGGACACAGUUCUCUUCCAUCUUGGCCGUUGUCCUCCACCUUAGAUAAAGUCUUUACAAUAUCCCCUGCUGCUGGUGCUACCUUAAACAUGGUCUGCUUAGAAAUCUUUUAUAUGAGUUAAAAAUCUUAGAAUGGUUCUUAGAUAUUUCAUUAUCAUGAUACAAGUUGGAGUAAGAUUACAGUAUGUGUUUCAGAAGAAAUAUAUGGCACAUCUCGCACAAUUAGUUUUGCU